GCGAGCCGGGGGCCGGGGGAGAGGCCAGACCCGGUAAGAGCCGGCGCCUCCGGGACCGGGGCCGCGACCUGGGCUCGGGGAGGAUGGGGCUGGCGUCCGGCUCGAGGUGGUCUGCGGCCGGGGCGGAGGACAGCCGCGGAGUGGGGCUCGGGGGCUCGGGUGGGCGGACUCGGCCCUGGAGGGUCAACCCCUCCCGGGAAAGGGGGCCGCGCCGUGAGUGGCCGGGCGCCGCGGAGAGCUCGCGGGGUUGCGCGACUCGGGGACCCCGGGACGAGGCAGCGGCUGAUGCUGCGAGCCGACUGCUUCGGGUUCUGCUGCUUCGCUUUGUAACUUGCCGAGCCCCAGAGAGCGGCUCGGCGUGGGUCGCCAGCGCGGGCCUUGUCCCGGGUCUGCGAGCCUGUGCGCUGGGGCCGCGGCGAGGAGGGCGAGGCGGCCAGAGAGGGGCCCGAGGGGGGCCGGCAGCGGGCCGGCGGCGAGUCUCGCACUUUUUGGCAGCUGCGGCGGAACGCUCGACUCCGCCCCUCUGCGCCCUGUUGCUGAAGCUGCCUCCUUCCCGGCUGCGCGAUCUAACCUCCAGCUCUCUCCUUUCUCUCCCCCAGGCUUCCUUUGGAAGUUCGAGCCCAGUUGGGUCUCUGUCUUCCGAGGAUCAUGAUUUUGACCCCACUGCUGAGAUGCUAGUUCAUGAUUAUGAUGAUGAGAGAACUCUUGAAGAGGAAGAAAUGAUGGAUGAGGGCAAGAACUUCAGUUCUGAAAUUGAAGACUUAGAAAAGGAAGGAAGCAUGCCUCUAGAAGACCUCCUGGCGUUCUAUGGCUACGAGUCUGCGAUCCCAGUGGCUACAAACUCCAGUGCAAACAGUUCCCCAAGUGAACUUGCGGAUGAGCUACCAGACAUGACACUAGACAAAGAGGAGAUAGCGAAAGAUCUGCUGUCGGGCGAUGAUGAGGAGACCCAGUCCUCUGCGGAUGACCUGACGCCGUCCGUGACUUCCCACGAAGCUUCCGAUUUCUUCCCCAGGCCUCUGCGAUCCAAUACAACAUGUGAUGGUGAUAAGGAGUCAGAGGUUGAAGAUGCUGAAAUGGAUGGUGGUAACUCCCCUGAAGAUUUAAGGAAGGAAAUAAUGAUUGGUUUACAGUAUCAGGCCGAGAUUCCCCCUUAUCUUGGAGAGUAUGACGGCAGUGAGAAAGUGUAUGAACAUGAAGAUCAGUUACUCUGGCGUCCUGAUGUGGUUUUGGAGAGCAAAGUUAAGGAGUAUCUUGUUGAGACAUCAGUAAGAACUGGAAGUGAAAAAGUGAUGGAUAAGAUUUCUGCAGGAGCACACACAAGGGACAAUGAACAGGCAUUGUAUGAGCUUCUCAAGUGUAACCACAAUAUAAAGGAAGCGGUGGAAAGGUACUGCUGCAGCGGAAAGGCGGCGCAAGAAGGAAUGACUGCAUGGACAGAGGAAGAGUGCCGAAGCUUUGAACAUGCUCUCAUGCUUUAUGGGAAAGAUUUUCAUCUCAUACAGAAAAACAAGGUGAGAACUAGAACAGUUGCUGAGUGUGUAGCCUUCUACUAUAUGUGGAAGAAAUCUGAACGCUAUGAUUACUUUGCUCAACAAACAAAAUUUGGAAAGAAGCGGUACAACCAUCACCCUGGAGUUACGGACUACAUGGAUCGAUUGGUAGACGAAACGGAAGCUCUGGGAGGGCCCGUGAGUUCCUCAGCCCUAGCUUCUCCCAGGGCUGAGCCCUUGCCUGACCAGCAGCUGAGCAUCCUCAACUCGUUCACUGCCAGUGACCUGACAGCUUUGACCAACAGUGUGGCGACCGUCUGCAACCCCACGGACGUUAGCUGUUUGGACGACAGCUUUCCUGCGCUAGGCAGCGCACCUCGGGGACAAGUAAAUCAUGUGCCUGUUGUAACGGAGGAGUUACUCACCCUGCCCAGCAAUGGGGAAAAUGAUUGUUUUAACUUAUUUGAGACUGGAUUUUAUCACUCGGAGCUGAAUCCUAUGAACAUGUGCAGUGAAGAAUCAGAAAGACCCGCAAAGAGGCUGAAAAUGGGCAUCACUGUCCCCGAGUCCUUUAUGAGUGAAGUCUCAGUAAAUAACUUGGGCGUGGACUUCGGAAACCACACGCAUCACAUCGCCAGCGCCAAAGUGGCUGUCUCCGUGGCUGACUUCGGCAGCCUUUCUGCCAGCGAGGCGAACGGCUUCAUCAGCGCGCAUGCUCUGCACCAGCACGCCGCCCUCCACUCCGAGUGACGUGGGGCUGGGCCUGGGCGUGCGGGCCAGGAGACCUGCGGGAGCCGUCGGGUUUGCAUAGUCUUUCACUGGAAGUUUGAACCUUUUUCACUAUGACAUCAGUGAUGUCUGUAUGUAUAGAACUAUAUCUUGAUUUAUCAAGAGUAUUUUCAUUUUUCAGUCCAUAAAUGUGGAAAUGAACUAUGAUCAGCAGAGUUGGGAACUAAGAUUGAACUCUGUGGUGCAGCUUUAAGCUCUGCCUCCCUUCCUCACCCCCAGGACCUCUUCCCGCUUCCCCUUUUCUAUUAGUUCUGUUCCCGCUGUCCCCAUUCCCAGUUUUAAAACCUGUAGACAGGCCACCGGCUCAAAACCAGCACAGAUGUUCUGACCUGAACGGUGUGGCUUCUCUUCACGUCAAUUCCUUUUGCCGAAAUGGAUGCAGUUGAAUAACAAUGUUUACAGGUACCAACCCCAGUCCCUGCUCGAUGUAGCAUUUUUGGUUUUAAUUUCUUUAUUAAUAAGAGCAGGGGUAGGUUUCUUUAAACUGCACAAACAUGCAAGGAUUUUUUUAAAAUGGAAACUUCUCUCAUGUUACCCACCUAAGCACUUGAGUUUACAGAACAGCAGGUCCAUCUCCGGAAGCCAGCGCAAGGAGCUGUGUGCAGAUUAUGAGGACUCUUGCUUGGAUCCUGUUUCUAAAUUUCAGACCGGGGCUACCUUACACAGAAUUGGUCGUUUUACUGCCAGGAUAUUUAUUUCUGUGUCAUUUAAUUUAUUGGCUAAAGAAAAUUGGUAUUGGAAGAUGUGAUAUUCAUGUGGGGUUUUGUCCAUUAUCAAGAUUGUAAUCGUAAAAAUCAUAGGGGUCACUGAUUGUUGAGUUCAUCCUGAGGCAGAUGACUCGGGAAGCCUAGGAUGGUGCCACUCAGUGGUUACGCUUCGGCACACCUUAAGCGUGUAGCGCUGCAGUUCAAAGUGUGAAUAUUUAGAGGGACUUCCAGAUUUUAUGCGUAAUGUAGUAGAACCUUGAAGGAUAUUUAAACUGUUUUGUUUAGCUCGAACAAUUGGCCAGAAAAAUGCGAGUUCCUGUCCAGAACAGAAUGGUGCGUCACCGCUUCAGGUUUUAAAAAGUGAUAGACGUUCAGAGGCAUCAAAACUCAGUUUAUUUUUAUUUCAAACAUUGUGAAUGAGAAGCCAUUGUCAUAAACUUUGGCCAUUUUUGCCCUAAAGACACAUCUUUAAGUUACAAGGUGAAUCCAACAGUAUGUUAUACAGUAUUAGGAGAUAGCUUUGCUUUUGUAGUACAGUUAGAAUAAUUACUUUUUUGCACCGUCUUAAUUAAAUUUUUUGAUUUAUACUAGUUGUGUUGCUUUGCAAAAAACUUCAGUGUUUGGCUGCAUUGCUACUUUUGUAAGUGUAAGUUGCUUCAAGGUCAUGCUGAAGAGUAGAUAGGAUGUGGUAGUCGUAGUGGUCGGAAGGGAGGGUAUUUAUUCUACAAACUGUGAACUGCAAUGCCGUCCUUCGUUUUGGAUGAUGUGUAUUCUUGUUUUUCCUUUGCAGCAUUUUAAUGAAGAUUGCUUUGAAGUGUUUACGCAGUAGCACAUUUACUUUAAAGUUUAGCUUAGCACAGGGGACAAAAAUAGUUAAAUUAAUAACUUAAAAUCAGUUUCUAAUUUAUACAUCUGAAAUCUAGCGUUCCUGCGUGCACACAGUCAGUAUGGGUAGCCUGGGCGCUUUGUUGCUUUCUGGUAUUUUUAUCCAAACUGUCAGCUUCUUAUUGCUGUGUUAUGUGCUAAACUUUGAACCUUAUGUCUUUUGUUAGAAAUCAGUAUACUUUUUAUAAUUUAGUAAGAUACUGGCCAUAAUCUUCCAUUGCUAAAACUUUAAUUUUCGCUCUGGGUUUACAGUGGCUGGUUUGUAUAAAUAAUUUACACAAAGAUGACUGAAUGCUAAUACCAGUUGCACUUACUAAACAUGCCCAUUCUCAUCAGCUGAUGCAGUCAUAUCUUCCGUUUAUCUAUGCAUUGCUGGGGUCUUGAUGUAAGAGGGAAACUGUGUUUCUUAUCUAAAGUUUUGAUUAUCAGCAAGUUGAAUGGACACUUUAGUUAUUUAAAUAAAGAUUUUUGACCAAAAUCCAGAAAAUGAUAUGAGAGAACAAUAAACUCCAGCUAGUUUAAUAGAUUUUUAAUGCCAAUCUGAUUUUAGCCUCAGAGAGUGCUAACUAGCUGGCAACGUUUACUUUUAAUUCCUUGUUAAAAUGAGGCAAUAAUUUGCAAGAUUUUUGUAUAUAUGUGUAAAUCCUUCAUAUCUUUUUAGAUCUAAUUCAAUAUUUUCUGACUACUUCUGCCAUGUAUAAUACCAUUUUUGUGCAUGCUUGAUGUGACAUUCAUAAAUUGUACCACUAUGACUAUCCAUGUAAAAUAGCUAUUUAUUGAAUUUUCUUUUAAAAGCUGGAUUUACUGGGUUUUUUCUUUCCAUUUAAACAUCUUAAUGGAAUUUGUUACUGUUUAUUAAAAGAAUUGCGUUUGAAAACAUGAAAAUAUCUGAUCUGCAAUCAUAUGAAGAAACAAGGCCUUUAUUAUUAGUAUUAAGCACAAUUCUUAUAACAAACUGUGAUGAAUUCUUUUUCUUCCUUUGCCACAUUAUUUUCAUGUGAACAAACCAAAAAUUCGUGGUGAGAAAUUGCAGUGUUGGCUGAUGUAUCCUUUCUGUACAGGGAGUUUGAGGAGGAGGAUGGUGGAUUCCUUCAGAAGUGUAACUGGUGCUGUGAUUAGAGCAAUACUUCUGUUCGUCGUAUUUCACCUUUUUCAUGCUAGCUUUUUAAGUGUUUAGUUUUCCUCUUGUCAUGGUCAACUGCUGAAUUUACUUGAAGGAUGUAGAAUACAGUUUUAACUAAAGUCUGUACAAUUAGGUCAAAGAAUUGUGCAAUCAUUUCCUUUUAAUUUUUAAAAUUGAGGGGGCAUAAAUAUUUGAGAACAUUGAUCUAAUGGAGCAUAGUGAUACUAUUUAAUUUAACCAAAGUCUCUAGUAAAUAUUUCAACUUUGAAUGUAAACUAACAAGUAAACCUGACCACCAAGGAGAUUGUUUGCCCAGAGUUUCAAAGCACAUUGUCUACAAAUAGAAACUGAAGUAAUUUAUAAGAUAUUGACAUUGCUAUGUUUUUUAAAAAGUUCCUGAUUUUUUCACCUAGAGGAACCUAUUAGUUUUAUUGUUAAAUAUGGUAGAUAUUAAUAUUCCUCUUAGAUGACCAGUGAUUCCAGUUGUCCCAGUUUGAAAUAAGUACCCUGUGAGUAUGAGAUAAAUUAGUGACAAUCAGAACAAGUUUUAGUAUCCAGUAUUCAAGAGGAAGUUGCUAUGUUGCAUUGAUUUUAAUAUUUGUACAUAAGACACUGAUUUUUUUGAGCAUUAUUUUGUAUUUGUUGUAUUUUAAUACCUGGUGUACAGUUCCAGAAAUAAAAAAUCUGGAAAUCUUUU